UGCACCAUAAACAUUGAAGUUAUUAUCAUGUUUUCAUCCAGUUGAUAACAUUGAAGUUAGUCAGACAUGGGGAAGAACAAAAACAGAACAAUCCUGCCGGGAGCAACUAGAGAGGAGCUGAUGAUUUUAACUGUUUCGGAAAUUGUGAAAGAGUUACUUCAAGCCCAUGAGGAUGGAAAAGAUGUCAACCUAAAUAGAAUAAAGUCCAGAAUAUCCAGCAAAUAUGGAUUGUCAAGUCAACCAAGAUUGGUUGAUAUUAUUGCAGCAGUUCCCCCUCAGCACAAAAAGAUCCUGUUACCAAAACUCAAGGCCAAGCCAGUGAGAACAGCCAGUGGAAUAGCUGUUGUAGCAGUCAUGUGUAAACCACAUAGAUGUCCUCACAUUGCAAUGACAGGCAACAUCUGUGUAUACUGUCCUGGAGGUCCUGACUCUGACUUCGAGUACUCUACUCAGUCCUACACUGGAUAUGAGCCAACAUCAAUGAGAGCCAUCCGCGCUCGAUAUAAUCCUUACUUACAGACAAGACAUCGAGUAGAACAGCUGAUGUCACUGGGUCACAGUGUGGACAAGGUGGAGUUUAUUGUGAUGGGUGGAACAUUUAUGAGCCUUCCUGAUGAUUACCGAGACUACUUCAUAAGGAAUCUCCAUGAUGCUUUAUCUGGUCACACCAGUAGUAGUGUUGAAGAAGCAGUCAAGUACUCAGAGAAGAGCAAGUCAAAAUGUAUUGGCAUUACUAUAGAAACACGUCCUGAUUAUUGUCUGAGGAAACACAUCAGUGACAUGCUGAAGUAUGGAUGUACAAGACAAGAGAUCGGAGUACAAAGUGUGUAUGAGGAUGUUGCCAGGGACACCAACAGAGGUCACACUGUAAAAGCUGUGUGUGAGUCCUUCAGGAUGUCUAAGGACGCAGGCUUCAAGGUUGUCGCACACAUGAUGCCAGAUUUACCUAAUGUUAGCUGGGAGAGAGACAUAGAGCAGUUUAUUGAAUUUUUUGAAAAUCCUGCAUUCAGAGCUGAUGGUUUAAAGAUAUAUCCUACCCUGGUGAUCAGGGGCACUGGUCUGUAUGAGUUGUGGAAAACGGGACGAUACAAGAGUUAUCCCCCAAGUGGACUGGUGGAUCUAGUUGCUAGGAUCCUGGCAUUAGUGCCACCGUGGACCAGGGUCUACAGAGUACAGAGAGAUAUUCCCAUGCCACUGGUUAGCUCUGGAGUAGAGCACGGCAACCUUCGAGAACUAGCCUUAGCCCGUAUGAAGGACCUUGGUUCCCAGUGUCGAGAUGUCCGUACACGAGAAGUCGGCAUACAAGAAAUACAUCACAAGGUUAAACCGUUUGAGGCAGAGCUGAUCCGCCGAGACUAUACAGCCAAUGGUGGAUGGGAAACUUUCCUUUCGUAUGAAGAUCCUGAACAGGACAUUCUCAUUGGCUUGCUUCGACUUCGGAGAUGUGCAGCAGACACAUUCAGGGCAGAGCUGAAGGGUGGAUGUUCUAUUGUACGGGAACUUCAUGUCUAUGGUACAGCUGUACCAGUCCAUGGUAGAGACCCAACAAAGUUCCAACACCAGGGUUUUGGUAUGCUUUUGAUGGAGGAGGCAGCAAGAAUAGCCAAGGAGGAACAUGGGUCCCAGAAAAUAGCUGUUAUUUCAGGUGUGGGAACUCGCAACUAUUACAGGAAGUUGGGAUAUGAACUUGAAGGGCCAUACAUGACUAAAUCUCUGUGAUGAAGCAUCUGAAUGGAAAGCUGACACAUCCUGCCAUACGAGGCCUUCCCUGAAAUUGUUGACACACUACCUGUGAUAUCCAGCAAAGGAUACUGAUAUUUAGCUACAGACAUAAGAAAUGAUACCAUUUAAUUUGCUUGGUUUAUCACAGCAUCAACAGCCUUGGUCACUUUUAGGCAGAGUUUCCCUGUAGUAGCUGGUGGCUACUUAACUGAACAGUAUGCUGGAGGCCUGUUGCAUGCCAAUUAGGGGUAGAGUGUCUGUCCCAAGGACACAACUGAUACAGCACAAGACAGUCUGUUUCUUAGUUUCCUAAGAAAUACAAAACAGCCUUAGUGGAGUUUUUCAAACAACACACUGCAGAUCUUCACUGAUGUUGCUAAGUCAAACACUCUACUAGCUGAGCUGUUGUUGGCCCUGAGAGUAGAUAUAUCUUACCCAUGUACGGAAAUCAUAAUUCUGGAGGUUUUAUUUUUUACUCCUACCUAAGAUUAUAGAAAGAAGGUGUAUUGGUAAUGCAGUAACGAAGAACAUUGUGAGUUUUCUCCAAUAUUUAUAAAUUUAUUGAUGACUUGUAUGGACAGAUCACUGUAAAGCCUUCACAGCAAGCCUGUGUAUUACUUAUAUAUUUCCAUUAGGCUCCUUCAGCUGUGCAAUGUUUUAAUGAAGGAUUUUAUUCCAAAUCUGUUGGUUGAAGUGAUAAUUUGCUGACAUCACUGACCAAGCUAAAAUGAUAUCCAGCCUCAUAUUCAUGUUAACAAAAAAGUUGUUUUUUGUUUUUAGUUACUUCCCGAUCAGAGUUUACUAUGUCGGUUUUGAAUCAGACCUCACUAUGUUCAAUAUAAUAUCAACAUGAAAUUCUGCUUCAAGAGACUUCACACCAAACCUUGGGGAAUUUCUCUCGUUUUCAUUGUAGAUAUAUCAUGUCUUUCAAUGUGGAAUUUAAGCAUAUAUAUUUGAUGUAAGCCUAGAGUGUAUACUGUUGGAUUACCAAACAACACCCUUGCGAUAAUGUUAUUGUUAUUAAUGAAAUAAAUCAAUUAAAAACAUCA